CGCUGGGUGGCAGUAGUGGGAUGGGUCUUUGUGUUGGUCACCGUUGGUUAUUGCUCGCCUGCCAAAAAGCACCAAAACACUGGCUUCUCACCACAACAUGGUCCGCAAGAGUAGCGUCGAUGCUUUUAAAACGUGUCGCUGAUAGCUGCAAGCAGUUCCCCGAGGUGUACCAUCAUUUUGUUAUUACAUAAUGAAGAAUUACUCUCAAGAAUGACUGAUUCUUUUAGGGUCUGCAGCAACCAACGAUUGCGCAUCUGGAUUUGGCCGAGCCGCUACCACUAGCUAGCGGACAGGCUAGCAGAGCAGAAUGCUGUAGCGCUCUCCUCUGCAGUGAAUCCAAUUUAGUAUCGACUGGAUAGCCAGCUGUCAGUUUGCAGCCCUCACUAGUUAGCUCGUGCAGUAACUGACGUUUAAAGGCCUGCCGAAAAUGUAAACCACCAUGCGAACAAAGAGACGGGAAAUGGCAGUGCCAGUGAUGGCCUCCCCCCUCCCUGUCUCCUUCAUACUGGUGGUUCUCCUGUUGGCCAAAUCGCCUUUGUACCAGGCAGGGGACUGCAAGGGCCACAGGCAGGUUUUGAGGGGACCACCUGGCUAUGUGACAGAUGGAGCAGGAAACUACUCUGUCAAUGGGAAUUGCGAGUGGCUCAUCAAAGCUCCCAACAACAGUCACCGCAUUGUCUUGAAUUUCACCUUCAUGAACACAGAGUGCACUUAUGACUACCUUUUUGUGUAUGAUGGGGACUCCUACCAAAGCCCCCUGCUAGCCAGUCUGAGUGGCCACACGUUGCCCCAGCCCGUUGAAGCAAAGUCUGGCAAGAUGCUGCUUCACCUCUUCAGUGACGCUAAUUACAACCUACUGGGUUUCAAUGCAACUUACACCUUCUCUUUGUGCCCUGGAGCGUGUGGCGGUCAUGGUCGUUGUGAUUCCUCUACAUCAAAGUGCCAUUGUCAUCAGGGUUGGGGUGGGCCCUCAUGUACAACCCCUCUGUGCACUCAAGCUUGUUCUGUGAACGGCCAGUGUGACAAGAAAGGAGAGCGUUGUCUGUGUAAGCCAGGCUUUGUGGGUCAAAACUGCCAGCUUGGUCUCUAUAAUGACAGCGGUGCAGGGAAGUGGUGGCGUGUGAGUGAAGAAAACCCCUACACACCUCCCAGGACAGGUUCUGCAGGCGUGUACCUCUCCUCCACAGGAGCCAUGUACCUGUUUGGCGGAUUUGAUCUGAACAGAGCUCUUGGUGACUUGAUCAAAUACAAUUUUACAUCCAACCAAUGGGAAAGCAGGUCUUAUGGUCAUUCACCUGUGGUGAUGCUGUGAGGGGGCGUUACUCACAUGUUGCUGCAGUGAUGGAGGGACGAGUGUUGCUGGUUGCUGGAGGUUACAGUGGCAUUGCGCGUGGAGACCUUGUGGCUUACAAAGUUCCCCUUUUUGUCAGUAGCGACCAAGGUGACAGGGAUGCUGUUUGUGCUGAGGCAGUAGAUGAAAAUAUGUGCCUGAAGAACCCAGAGUGCAGCUGGUGUGAAGGCCGCUGUCGAGAGUACCAGCCCACUAACCCGUGUGGAAGUACUGGUUGCUUGGGCCUUGCUCGCUUCCUGUCUGACUGCCAGUCCUGUCUGGUGUUCAGUGGCACUCCAGCUUCUCUGGCCCGUGCGCCUGGUGAAUUUGGCUGGUGUGUUCAGAAUGAGUCCUGCCUACCAGUGUCAGAGCGAAGUGCGUGCCGUGUGGACCAGAUCUCAGGGGCGUACGGCUGGUGGGGGGAGCGUACCCUUUUCCUAACCUCCCUCCACUCCUGUCGCACCGAGAACUAUGUCCCGGGACUGCACCUGCUCACCUUCCAGCACCCCCGCAACGACUCCCAGCCUGACCAGGUAACCAUCCUCCGCAGCGCUACCGUCAUGCUUGGCCCCACCACAGAAAUGGACGUAGCCUUACAGUUUAGGGGGUUUGUCCACCCAUUGUGGGGCGGGCCUCCACCUGCACCCCCUCCUACAGAGACAGUCUCCAUGUGGGCUCGCAUCCAGAGGCUUCACUUUGAGGCUCGAAUGGCAACAGGACCCAACUCCAGCCAGAUGGAGGUGGUGGGUCACUGGGCAGCUCAGCAGGAAAAGGAGCUGAAGCUCCUGACUCGACCAGAUGGGAGUCGACUUUUCUCUAACCUCACUCGGGGAAACCAUUACCUUGUUCAGGCGGAGGGCUACCUGAACAACUCGGGCUCAGGACAAACAAGUGAGAUGGCCUUGAUCUGGAACAGAACGUUGCCUGGAGGAAGUGAGAUCUCCUUCCUAUUCUCGGAGCCGUACCGCUCAGGUUCCUGCUCAGGGUACAUGUCCUGUCUGGCCUGCCUGUCAGACCAGUCUUGUGGCUGGUGCCCGUCUUUGUCCCGCUGUCUGCUGCGUGACAGCCCAGACCUCGAACCCUGCCCUGAGGGGCUGAACAGUGAAGGGAAGAUGGAAGGUCAGCUCCAUCUGCUGUUAGCACCCCAGCACUGCACCAUGUGUGAAGAAUACAGAGACUGCUCUGCUUGUACUCAGGACCCUUAUUGUGAGUGGCAGAUAAACUCCAGCAAGAAAGGCGACUACCAGUGCAGUCGGCGAGGAAGAGUAGAUGGAUCCAUACGUGAUCCAAGGGGGUGUCCUAAAGUGUGCAACCAGAGAAAGACAUGUGGUGAAUGCCUUUCCAACUCCAGCCAGUGUGCGUGGUGUGAAUCUGCUCAGGCCUGCUUCUAUUUUGCUGCCUACCUCACAAAGUACCCCUAUGGAGAGUGUAGGGAUUGGUAUGACAGUUUCCCCUCUCCUCCAGGCGAAACGAGGCGCAUCUUGAGUGUGAAUCCCACUUAUGACUGGACAUGUUUCAGCUACGCUCUGCUCAACGUCUCACCCAUGCAGGUGGAGUCAUCCCCUCCUCUGCCGUGCCCUCCGCCAUGCCACAGUCUCCAUAACUGCAGCCUUUGUCUGAGCUCCAAUGGCUCUGAUGGGGGCUGGCAGCACUGUGUGUGGAGCAUGGCCCUGCAGCGGUGCAUGAGCCCAUCUUUUGUGCCCCUCCGGUGUGAGGCAGGCCAGUGCGGUCGACUGCUUUCUAGGGGAGACUCCUGCUCUCCCCAGUGCUCCCAGCUCACUCAGUGCUCCCAGUGCAUUGCUAGGCCUCAGUGUGGUUGGUGUUCUUCUCGCGGGGGCAAUGGGGCUGGACGCUGCCUACAGGGAGGACUUGAUGGUGUGAGUGAGGGUGUCUGCCCUUUGACAAACAGCAGCUGGUCUUUUCUCCAUUGUCCAGAGGAGGAUGAAUGCGCCAACGGUCAUCACAACUGUAACAGCACUCAGGACUGCCACGAUCUGCCACAAGGAUACCACUGCACCUGCAAACAGGGUUACAUACUUAGCAGUAUUUCUGGUCAGUGUGAGCCAGUGUGUGCACAAGGCUGUGUGAAUGGGACAUGCACAUCCCCUGGAGUUUGCCAGUGUCACUUUGGCUUUGUAGGGGAUAACUGCUCCUCUCAGUGCAGCUGCAACAAACACAGCAACUGUGCUGGUGUUAACAAACCAGAUGUUUGUUUGGAGUGUCACAAUAACACCAUGGGUAAACAUUGUGAGAAGUGUAAGCCUCUGUUUGUGGGCUCUGCCAAGGGGGGUGGCACUUGCCAUCCAUGUCGGGAAUUUUGCAAGGGAAACAGCGCUGUGUGUCUAUCCCGGGAUGAACUUAAGAAGGCACAGGAAACUCUACAAUUAUAUCCUCUUGACCCUAACAGCAUUCAGUCCUGGGUGUCUGAGGGUCCAACAGAGGAGAAUGCUGUAUGCGUAAAUUGUCAGAACAACAGCGUAGGGGAUCGGUGUGAGAGCUGCCUUAGUGGCUACUUCCUGCUGCAGGGGAAGUGUGAGAAGUGUCAGUGUAAUGGCCAUGCAGAUACAUGCAAUGAACACGAUGGCACAGGCUGCCCCUGCCAAAACAACACAGAGACCUCCUCCUGCCUCAGCAGCCCCCAGAGUGAUCGCAAAGAUUGCUACAGACAACAGUGUGCAAAGUGCAAGGAUUCUUUCAAUGGUACACCAGUGAAUGGGCGUCAGUGCUACCGUCAGUUUAAUGUGGACACAGAGUGCUGCUUUGACCCCACAUCGCAGACCAACUGCUUUCAUGAUCCCACCAUUCGCAACCUGCCCAAGGGGCGCACUGUAUUCUUUGCUGCCCAGCCAAAGUUCACCAAUGUGGACAUUCGGGUCACCAUUGAUGUCACUUUUGGUGAGGUGGAGGUGUACGUGUCCAACUCUCAUGACACCUUCAUUGUGGACGUAGAUCGAUACACAGGGAUUCACACCAUCAAGAUCGAGGAGGAAUCUGUAGUUCCAGGGAAAACUGCCGGGACAGAAAAGGAUUCACCUCCGUCCCCUAUAAAGGUGUUUGCCAACACCUCAUCCAACUUUGCAGGUUCUGUGCUUUCCCAAAGCCUGCAAGCAAAACCUCCAGGAGCGGAAAGGGAAAUUAGAGAGGAACGUGCUGAAGGACUCAUCACCUAUAUCACCGUGUGGAAACCCCAGACGGUGCUGAUUGUCCGUGGUGUUCGAGAUCGUGUGGUGAUCACCUUCCCCCAUGAGGUGCACUCCUUGAAAUCUAGUCGCUUUUACAUCGCUCUGAGAGGUGUUGGAACUGAAGAGAGACAAGGAGAGUCCCAGGGCCUGCUGUUUCUGCGACAGGACCAAGCCCACAUUGACCUUUUUGUCUUCUUCUCUGUCUUCUUCUCCUGCUUUUUCCUCUUCCUGUCUGUCUGCGUCCUCCUGUGGAAGGUUAAGCAGUUCCUGGACUUCCGUCGGGAGCAGCGUCGCCACAUUCAGGAGAUGACAAAGAUGGCAUCAAGGCCUUUUGCUAAGCUCACUAUAUACCUUGAGCCGGAGGAGCCUCAGCUCAUCUACUUGCCUUCAUCUGGUGGAGGGGUAGGGGGCAGCACUGUGUCGCUUGCUCAUGCCCGCACAAGCAAGUUAAGUGGAGUGGUGGUUGGCCAGAGGGGCAGAGCAGGACCUGUCUCCUAUAAACAUGACCCAUCCUCUGGACCCACAGCCCAUCACCACCAUCACCUCACCUUGGGUGGAGGAGGCAACAGCGGCCAGCAUUUACCACUGCACUACUUGAACACCCAUCAUUAUGCCAGUACCACAGCUGGCAACCCAGCCUCACAUCAUCACCACCCAUCCACAUACAGCGCUUACCAGCACUUUUGCCGUCCUGACCCUUUCCUCUCUCAGCUUAUGGGCUUUUCCUAUUCCUCCUUCAAGGUGGGGCCCAUUACCCUGGAGCCCACAGAUGAUGGUAUGGCUGGAGUGGCUACAGUCCUCUUCCAGCUGCCGGGGGGUGUCUUGGCUCCGAACCGCGCCUGUCUGGGCUCCGCACUGGUUACUUUGCGACAGAACCUGCAGGAAUACUGUGGCCACGGCAAUGGAGGCGGGCAUCCAGGAGCGGGUGCAGGCCGCAAGGGGCUGCUGGGGCAUCAGCACCUGACCACUAUGGCUAUGUAGAGAAACAAGUAACAUUUUUAUGAGAGAUAGAAUAAGUCUUUAAAGGGUUUGGUAUAUAAUAAAUUAAUUUUGAAAGAAACAGCCACAAGGCAAUGACAACAUCCAGAAGUAAGAGCAACUUGAGCAUUUUGAAGAGAUGUACAUAUACAUACAUAUACUGUAUAAUGAAUUUAAAGUGUCUUUUAUUCUAUUAUGUGUUGCUAUACUGUAUUCCAGUGCUUCACAUGACCAAGCCAGCUGUCUCUAGAAUACACUACAACUGCUAUACGUAUCAGCAAAAUGCGUCACAUCGUGUCUGUGAUCACUAAAGAGGUAUGAGUGCACUCGACAGAUUAUGCGACUGAAGACUGAAGCUGGACUCUUGUUAAAAUUAUUCUCAUUGACCAACAGAGGUGUAAAACCAUGUGCUUGCUUUGAACCAACAUGUGCUUUAUACCCCCCUCCCCCAAAAAGUGACAAUCAGAAUUGCCAUUGAGAACAAAAGACUUGAUUUCGGCAUAAUGUGCAACAUUUUGAUUGUCAGCGCAGGAAAAAAGUCUGAGUUACUUGUGAGGUGGUUUUUAUAUCAUAGUCGAUAUGAAUGAUUUAUUAAUUGUAGCUAAGUAUAUGGCAGGCUUCUAAGCUACACGUUUAUGUUAAACAGACUCCGUAUGUUUCCGCAUAUGCAUUCACCUGCUCUGUUACGUUAUACAUCUUUUUGCUCGUCUGCCUUCACUUCUUGCCUUGUCUGUGUGUCAGAUGGCUUACACUGAAUACUUGUGUUAAUGGAAAUGUGUUUGGUGCAGCUCCUGGAAGAUGUUAAAGUGACAUUUAGAGUUUUCUUUCAUGAGUUGUUUUGAAUUGAGAAGUUGUGAAGGAUAAUGUUUUCAGUAUCGUUUUUGCACUCACGACACUACACUAACUUAACAGAACUCGUCCAUUAAAAUGAAGAAAUUGUCCUUUUUUAUGAUUAUUUUUUGUUCACAUUAAAUGUGUGUCGGUGUUGAGAUGGUUCAUUAAGCUGCCUUUUUUAUGGCAGCUUGCCUUCUUAGGUGAUUGUAUGCACCAAUCAAACUAUGGUCUAACUAAAAAUAAAUAAAUACAGUAUGAACAGUUACAUUUCAUUAACAGUGGAAAGUGUUACAUUAGAAAGUUCUCCUGGUGAGAGGUUUGUAAAGGUUUUGCAGCAUUAUUUUAAGUGAUUUACAUGUUCACUGGUUUGUGUUAACGGGAGUAUUUUGAUUUACUUUUUUGCACUGCACAGAGCCAUGGGGCUUUAAAAUUCAUGUGAAACACAAGAGCGGGGUGUCAUCCAUGCUCGGAUGGCAAACAUUGUCGUGGACGAACUCAGAAUGGUGCUACUGGCGUUUUGUUUUUCUUUUCUUUUUUUCCAUUUUUUUUGAGUAGUUCAGCAAAAUAAAGCUCAUAUGAAUACUGUCACUAUUUAUAGCAGCCAUGCCCAAAUGAGCAUUAAAAUUGUUGUGUCUUGUAUCUCUGUAAUUUUUUUUAACAUGCUUUAUUUUUGUACAUAACUUUUAUUGUGUUUGUAUUUUCGUUUUCAAAGAAGGGAACAGUGUUGUACAGAGGAUUGUGUGAGGAGUCUGUCUUGAGUCAGCUGAAAUAAAGUCUGUGGAACAUGA